ACGGCUGGACGGAGGAGUCGAUGCGAAGCCGGGGAGGGAGGCUGCAGGGCUCUCCACCAGGACUACAGCAGAGCCUGGAGAGGCUGAAACCAUGCUUGUCCUUUGGGCGCUGGUGUUUAUUUUAGUCCUGCAAGAGCGAAAUCUUUUAGCUGCUGCAGACCCUGUCAGCGUGUUACCUGGAAGUCUGGGAAGAGGAAGCUGGUGUGAUGAACAUGAUACGAUCCACAAACGCUUAGAUAUUAUUGAAGAGAAGGUAAUAAAAACAGUGGAGCAUCUAGAAUCAGAAGUCAAAUCGCUCCUCAACAUCAUCAGUGAGACAACAUCGAAUAUCCCCAUCGCUCCAGGAACCCCACUUAUAGACAUUUUUGAUGAUACCAGCUGAGCACUGCGAAGACAGAAGACAGCUGAAUGUAACAGUAUGGUUGUCAUAAACAGUUGCACUUUUGUUCAUUAAAUAAGCUUGUGUUUCCAGAUUUUGAGCAGGGAUGAACAAUCUUCAACUGUAGUUUGCCUUCUGUGUUCCUGUGCUUUAUAAUAAACAGGUAUUUGCUUUUA